AUGGACGUACUACUCAAUGAACUCGCCUUUCAGAAAGUGCUUCUCAAUUCUAUUGAUGACACUGUUCAGAAUCGCGAGGCUGCGGAAGACGAAGUCUGCGCAGAAAUCCGCGCCCUGGAAAAGCAAAUCCGAGAACUUAAGCGCGGUUCCACAACAGCCUCACAACCUCAACAUUCAGGAUCUUGCCAAUCUUCGCAGAAACCAUCCUCCAGCUCAUCCAAGAAACCCAACGCAAGCACCGGAAGCGGCACGCCUUAUGCACCAGCGAUGGACGGCUACCUGAAUGGAGAACAAUGGCACAAUCUGUCGUCAACAGCCUCUACCCCCAACUCCGCCGACUCUAUGGGAGAUCUGCUCAGUCCUUCUCGAAUGAGCCUGCCCACCCGAAAACGAUCACAUAGCAAACAUCUUGACGGUGCUCUCCUCCCAGUUCAAGAUAACAAAUCUCGAAGAACAUCACCGAGUCCUUUCCUGGCCGGCCCUUCCACACCAUCUACAAUCUCUUCAGGGUACGGUCCUAUGCUUGGUGAAGGCUACUUUGACCUCACUUUUGACGACGAGUUUGCGGCCUUUGAUAGGGAAUUCAUGCAGCAGCAGAUGGCUGCCGAAGAGCGAAUUAAGCGCGAGAAGUUGGACGAAGAGUUUGCACGCAGCUUUCAGGAGCAUUCAGGUCCUUCCGCAAUGAAUCCUCCCGCGCCGCAGACGACAUCUGCUUUCGAUCGACUCUCUGGCGUACGUCCACGACCAUCGAAUCCCAGAGCAAGCCUACCACAAAUGGGCCAAUCUGGGCCAAGAAACCUGCCGUGGGCUACCCCUUCGUCUCGGCCAAUGGGUUCAGCUUCUGUCAAGUCAGAGCCUCGAUCCAUGACCUCUGGUGUCAAGACUGAGACUCCUUCCAGCUCGUACAACGGCUUCGCAUCUUAUGCCCCCCUGCAGAACAACAAUGCGCCAUCUUUCAAAGCUGAGCCGUCUUCUUCCAAGCCUAUGCCAGGCUCCUUCCGUGAGACUACUCUCUUAGACAGCGAUUCGGACGUUGAGAUCAUCCCCGCCUCUGAGUAUUACGACAAUGGUCGCCACGCCCGCACACCUGCAAAGAACCAAAACAUACCAUCAUCUUCGAAUGUGUAUGGAACACAGACAAAAGUUGAGCGGCCCAGGUUUUCACCGGAAGCGCAAAUUUCAGGCAAUGCAACUCUGCGUCGGCUGGGCCAAUCUUCUUCCAACGAUGCUCUGCAGAUGGCCAUGUUUGGCAAACAGCAGGCUGCAAGACCCUGGAUGAACUCUGCCGGCCCAGCACCUGGCCCUAUUUUGAAUACUUUCGGCUCCGGACCUCAAUUUUUGGCGGGACCUAGUGGUACGACUGGCGGCUACAUCUACCCGAGUGCAUACCCCGAUGGUAUGGGAGGCAUGGGUGGUAUGGGAGGCAUGAGUGAUAUGGGAGGCAUGGGUGAUAUGGGAGGCAUGGGUGGUAUGGGAGGCAUGGAUGAUAUGGGCGGCAUGGAUGAUAUGGGCGGCAUGGGUGAUAUGGGAGGCAUGGGUGAUAUGGGCGGCAUGGGCGUCAUGGGUAACGCUAUGCCGGGUGCAUACCCAGGGAGCAUGCAGACCAAUGUACCUGGUCUUGGCUACAUGCUGAACAAUGUCCCAAGCACUUUCUCUGGGUUCGGAAUGUCCCAGGCAGGACCUUCCGUUUCUAUCCCCAGUUCACCACAAGAUUCCAGCUCCGAUGAACUUGGGGAUAUAAUCCGCCGUGCUGGUAAUAACUACGACGAGAUCGCCGAUUACUUGAAGCUGAACGGAUCAAUGACGAACCAACUGGACUACAUUAUGAACGAUCCUCGCAAGACGAAUCAAGAGAUCAAGGACCUGCUUGAGAACAUCCGCCCUGACGUCGAUCUUCCUCCUGAGGAUCGAGAGGGUACCCCAGAAGGUCUUGUAUAUCCGCUGUACGAACAUCAGAAGUUGGCUUUGACGUGGUUGAAGUCUAUGGAGGAAGGCACCAACAAAGGUGGUAUUCUUGCGGAUGACAUGGGUCUUGGAAAGACUAUCUCUGCCCUAGCACUUAUUUUGACUCGACCACCCAAAGAUCGGGCACGAAAGACCACCAUUAUCGUUGGCCCCGUUGCUCUUGUGCGACAGUGGGAGAAGGAAAUCCGAACGAAGGUCAAAGUUGGUCACUGUUUGAGCACUCACAUGGUUCACGGCCAAGGCAAGAAGCUAGGCUGGGACGAUCUCCGAAAUUUCGAUAUCGUCUUGACAACCUAUGGCACGCUUGCAGCAGAGUUCAAGCGUCUUGAAAAAUACCUAGACGAGAUGAAACAGAAAGGGGUCGAAGAAUAUGACCAAGCUCCGAUGAGAAAGAAGUUCCCUCUUCUUGGACCGAUGAGCAAGUUCUAUCGUGUUAUCCUGGAUGAGGCACAGUGUGUCAAGAAUAGGGUCACCGUGUCUGCACGUGCAUGCGUUCAUCUGAAGGCCACCUACCGCCUGUGUUUGACGGGAACCCCCAUGAUGAACAAUGUUCAAGAGCUUUACUCGUUAAUCCAUUUCCUCAGGAUCAGGCCUUAUAACGAGUGGAGCAGAUUCAACACGGAAUUCGGUCUCUUGACGAAGGGCAACGGGAGAAAGCGUGAUGUCGGUAAUGCUAUGCGAAAGCUUCAGGCCGUCCUGAAAGCAAUUCUUCUCCGUCGUUCGAAAACCUCCCUUAUCGACGGAAAACCGAUCAUUACUUUGCCUCCAAAGACUGAGGAAAUUCAGCACGUUGUCUUUGACGAGGACCAACAAGCUUUCUACUCAGCACUCGAGUCCAAGACGAAGAUUCAGUUCAAUAGGUACAUGAAGGCCAACACAGUUGGUAAGAAUUACUCGAACAUUUUGGUGCUUCUCCUUCGCCUCCGACAAGCUUGUUGCCACCCGCACCUCAUUCAUGACUUUGAAGAUCCCGCUCCUGCUGGUGUCGAAAUUGAUAUGGCUGCAAUGAUGGAGUUAGCGAAGAGUCUCUCACCUGAGGUUGUCGCCAGGUUGCUCAGUGCUAACGGCGCAUUCGAAUGCCCUGUCUGCUACGACGCUGCUCCGAACCCCAGCAUUAUCAUUCCUUGUGGCCAUGAUACAUGUCCUGAAUGCUUGACGAAAAUCUCCGAUCAGGCGGGUCAGCAAAAUUUAGCAGAUGGCAACGAAAACGGAGGCGCGUCCAGGUGUCCAACAUGCCGAGGUGAUCUUUCGAUGAACAAGAUCAUUGACUAUGCGACCUUCAAGAAAGUUCACAAUCCCGAUCGUAUUGCAGACGACGAGGAGACUGCAAGCGAAGACAGCGACAGCGAUGAAAGUGAAGCUGAUUCGGAAACAGAAUCGGAAGAUGACAUCGACGAGAAGGGCAACCUAGCGGACUUCGUUGUAGCUGACGAUGAUAUUGACGAUGACGAGACUGCCGAUGAGGACGACGCACUCGAAGGCGAGGAGGGAGACGACGAGGCUGACUUCGUCCCGAAUGACAAGUCUAAGGGAAAGGCAAAGGCCAAAUCCAAAAACAUUGGCAAAAGACGUGCUAAGGACAAAAAUGGCAAGAAGAAGGAGAAAAAGGAGCAUCUCUCGAUUGCGAUGUUGAAGAAGGAGGCAUCAAAGAAUGCUGCGGGACGAAAGCGAUACAUGAAAUAUCUUCGCAAGCACUGGCAGCCGUCAGCAAAACUUACAAAGUGCGUCGAACUGCUGGAGAGCUUUAUCAGCGACGGCCAGAAGACAAUUAUCUUCAGUCAGUUCGUCUCCCUUCUCGAUCUCCUCCAGGUUCCGAUCGAGGAUAAGAAGUGGCCAGUUCUCCGCUACGACGGCGCCAUGUCGGCAGAUGCUCGAGAUGCUGCGAUUCAGAAAUUCACGGACACUCAGACUUACAACAUCAUGUUGAUCUCUCUCAAGGCCGGAAACUCAGGUCUCAACUUGGUGGCUGCUUCCCGCGUCAUUAUCCUUGAUCCGUUCUGGAACCCCUAUAUCGAGAUGCAGGCAGUGGAUCGAGCCUAUCGUAUUGGCCAACAACGCGAGGUUCAAGUCCAUCGGAUAUUGAUCAAGGGCACUGUUGAGGAUCGUAUCAUCGAGCUGCAGGAGCAGAAGCGAGAGCUCGUCGAUUCGGCUCUCGAUGAAGGCGCCAACAAGUCCCUUGGUCGCCUAGACGUCCGCCAGUUGGCAUUCCUAUUUGGCGUCGGUGACGGCGGCAACUGA